AUGGCCGACCGAACACCGUCUACACCAUCCACGGCAAAGGCUGGAGCUGCAUCAUCCACCACUGAAGCUGCGAUCGUCCGGAUCGAAUCCAAACUGGACCAGCUCAUCGGCUGGCAGAAGGAUGUCAUAACGGAGAUCCGCGGCAUACAAAACACGCUAGAAGAAUUGCGGACAACCACGGAAACGCUGAUGGAUGAGCAACAGCAGCUUCGUUCCGACAACUUCGAGUUGCGAAGACAGCUGGAGUUGAACGAAAUCGAAAUUGACCAACUGAGGCAGGAAAUGCUGCGCAAGACGUUGGAGAUUUCGAACGUGCCUGUUGCCGAAGAUGAAGACCUCUUUGACAAAGUCACUCAGAUUUGUCAUGGGAUCGGAGUCGUACUGGAUAUCAGCGAGGUGAAGGAAAUCUUCAGGGCUCCCACGUACCAGUCCCAGAAGUCGCAAAUUCCGCCACCCAUCCAGCUGAAGCUUAGCAGUAAGAAGAAAAGAGACGAACCACUGGCGAAAAAGAGAGAAAAGAAGGAGUUAACUACGGCAAUCCUGGACAAGGGAACCGAUAAACCGGUCAACAUUUACAUCAGCGAAGUGCUGACCAAGCGGAAUCGGUACCUGUUCAAGCUGAGAUGGCAGGUUGUUGGUUAG